AUGACAUUAGAAAACCACAAGAACGACAAAUCAUUAGCCAUUGAAGUCAAUGAUCUCACGUAUGCAUUCCCUCGCGGGAACCAAACUAGCAACAGCAGUGGCACUAGCAACAAAAUCGGUUUACAAGACAUCAACCUUCAAAUACCAUGGGGAACCACCAACUUGAUAAUAGGCCCCAAUGGAGCUGGAAAAUCCACUUUGUUACGUAUACUCGCGGGAAAGACGUUGAUCAAGAAGGGCAAAUUGAAAAUUGGCGGAUUUGAUCCAUUUGCAUUCUCAACCACAGGAGGAGGAGGAGGAGGAAAAGGAACCAGUGGCAAUGGUGGGCCACAAAGACAUUAUAAUGCCGAUAUCAACAAUUACAUCACGUAUUUGGGAACCGAAUGGAUCACAAACUCUGUCAUCAAACGAGAUAUACCUGUUAAUUUAUUACUUAGCUCGAUUGGAGGUGAAAUAUAUGCUGAACGAAGAAACUUGUUGAUUGAUAUAUUGGACAUUGAUCCUACAUGGUCAAUGAUUAACUUGUCGGAUGGAGAAAGAAGACGAGUUCAGAUUGCAAUGGGGUUGAUCAAACCUUGGAAGUUGUUGUUGCUUGACGAAGUCACCAUUGAUUUGGACGUGGUUGUGCGACUGAAGUUGCUAAACUAUUUGAAACUGGAAUGUUUGCAACGCAACUGUACUGUUGUUUAUGCCACACAUAUCUUUGAUGGGUUGGGUAAUGAAUGGUGUGAUCGAUUGUUGCAUAUUGAUUCAGGACUAUUGUUGAAUGAUAUUGAUAUGAGUCAGGUGGAGUUCAAGUCUGAAGCCGACAAGGAUGUUGAUAUAAGAGACGAUAAGAUUGUUGUUACGAAAUCCAAUACGUUACAUCCGUUAGCUUUACAUUGGUUGACUGUGGAUUUGCAAAGACGUGGUCUGAGACAGGAGGAGAAGGAAAAGAUACUUAAAAGACAUAACGACUGGAUUAAUUCUCGAGAUGGAUCGUAUUUUGAUGCAAGUGAUGAUAAAAUGAAGCAGUAUUUUAAGAACACUCGAAGUGAGAGAUGA